CACAUCAAAUAAUAUUAGAUAGGAAAUGAGCAUUUCAAAACAGUCUUAAUGUACACAAGUCUAAUAAAGAUGGAAUUUAGUUAUUUCUUAUUAAUAUUUGGAUUAUUAUUCACUGGUGUACAUGGUCAGAAAAUUUGUUGGGACUCAAAAUGGUACAACGAAUCUGUUACAUUGAGAAAUGGAUCAAAUUAUGAACAUCAACCAGUAAGUGUAUUAGAUAAGAUUUGCACUCAAGGAUCAGUAAUAGCUGCACAGUGUAAGGAUAUUAAGGGAGAGCCUUUUAAUGUCAAUUUCAAUGAUACAAAUAAUCAUAUUUAUGUUGUUUGUGAUCAUAUAAACGGACUUAUCUGUCAUCCAUAUCCACAUAUUCCGUACGCAACUUGUCUAGACUAUGCUAUUAGAUACGGUUGCCGGUGUCCACCAAUAACAUCGACCGUCGGAAGUCAUCUUCUUCUUGAAGAUGCUAUAGAGGUCAAGUGUACAGCAUCACACUGGAAUAUAUCUGUCAACAUGAGUCGCUUGCAGAUGAAGUACCAUUCAGUCAAACCAACCGAUAUAUUUUUAGGCUCGGAGAAAUGUCAAGGUCAUCUUGAUAACUCCAUUUUGCUUUUUCAACAAAGCUUCAACACCUGUUCCACCUCUGAAAAAUUUAAUACGGACAUGAAUAUUUACAAAAACAACCUAUUCUACAUUGUUUUCGACCCUGUUCGUCCAUAUGUGGUUCUGAAACACGAGUGGACUUUUAAUGUAGAAUGUGACGUCAAUGCCAAUGAAGUAACGUCAUCGCACGUGGAACAUAUUACGGAAGUACAUAAUGCCUCGUUUACAAGUCACUACCGAUUAACUAUGACGUAUUAUAAUGACGUUAACUUUUUACACCGUAUAUCCGGAAAUCCCCUGAAGGUGGUACUUGGAGAAAAUGUAUUCGUUAAAGUAUACACUACAUUGCCUGAUUGGGAUACAAAAAUGAUACUAGACACGUGUUACACGAGGCCAUCAGGAACAAACACAUCAGCUAUGGAUGUCACGUUGAUAAAGCAAGGAUGCGAAGUUGACAGAAACACACAUAUCAUCUCACAGUCUACCCACGAGACAAGAUUUGUGUACAAAGAUUUCAAGUAUUUCAACAACAAUGGAGGACUUGACAUAUUCUGUAACGCAACAUUCUGUCACACUUCCGACUUUUCCGCACGGUGUACCCAAGCCUGUAAACACACAGUAUCGUGAAAUGGAUCAGAGUAAAAUCGCCAUUUGAAAUGUAUAUUUCUAAAUCUGAAAACUUAAAUUAAUAUAUAUCAAAGUUAAAAAUGUAGGUAAUUU